AUGGGUAAUGAAACGGUGGAAAGCGAAACCACAAGUCGCGGGCACCGCCCAGGCGGGGACCUCGGCGCGGCGGGCCAGAGAUGCGAGGUGACCUUCCGACGAGGCCAACUCGAGGGGGUGCCCGGCGCGGGGGACCUCGCCGCUGCCGCCCGCUCUCUCGGCGGUGCACUCGCCCGCACAGCGGCGAGCACGGCGCCCCGGAUGCCAGCCCGGGCUCGUUCCCGGGCCGAACGCGGGAUGUGCAAUCUCGGCGUCCGGGCCCUGCGCCUGGGCCUCGGCCCGCCGCCGCCCGGACACACCCCCGCCGCCGGCCGGGCGGCCCCAACCCCCCCCGCGGGGCGGCCCGGCCGGGCAUCGCUCACCUGCACCGCAACUGGUUCCCGCCGGCGAGCGCUCGGCCCUUGUCUGGGCGGCUCCGCGCCGGAGCGGCAGGAGGAGGAGUCCGACGGGCGGCGGCGGAGCCUGGGCGGCAGGAGGAGGAGGACCAGGGACGCUCGGCUCUCCGGAGAUACACCCUCCUCCUGGCCGCUCUGCAGCAGCCGCCGCAGAUCACUUCCGGAGCGCUGCGAGCGGGGCGGGGCCGGCUGGGGAGCAACUUCCUGUCCGCGGCGGAGAGGAGGGCGCCGGGGGCCGGGGCUGGAGAACAAUGGCCGGGAGGGCGCGGGCUCCCGGCGUCUGCCCUCUGCGUGCCGAGGGCGGGCCGCGCUGCCUUGCGGCUGGCCCCACCCCUGGCCCUCUGCGCCUGGCGAGGUGAAGUCACCUCCCGGGGGCUCGGGAGUGGCCGCGGGCUUCGCGGAGGAUCCCGGAUCUCGGCGUCGGCGCCGCGACGUCCUUGUCUCCCUUCUGGGGACCGGGAGGGGGUUCUUGGGAGAAGAAGGGGAGGGCGGAGGCCGCCAUCUUGCUUCCAGGGGGCAGCCCCUUGUCCCAGGCGUCCUAGGAUGGAGGCCGCUCCGUCCUGUGGCUGGGGUUCUCCAGAGUGGCGCCGGCGACGUGGCUGAUCGCGGGCCGAAUCCGCGGAGAUGGCAACUUUGUGAGACUUGAGAUGUUCAAAAAUAUAAGCUCAGAGAAGUUCAAGACUUGCUACGAAUCGUCAAGGAGCAGAGGCAAACUUGAACUCAAGCUUUAUGUUGAGACUCUCAAAUGCUCUGUUCUUUGUAAGACUUUAUCCCGUGGUUACUAGCUUGAUAUGACACUUACGCCAGAAUAUAUUUAUAAUAUGGACAUUUCUGGCUUAUCAUUGAUUGCCUGCAGAAUCUCUAAAAUUCAGCCAAACUUAAGUUUUUCAAACUUGAACUGCAAUUGUGUUUAUGGCUAUGUCUUUACCGCCUUGAAGACAGGCACUUUGUUUUAUUCAUCUUUGUAUCCUUCAUGGUGUCAGGCGUGAGUACUCAAAAUAUUUUAGGGAUGAAAAUAAGAAGUAUAUUACGAUGACUAGUUGAUGCCUUUAAGGCAAAAAAUCCAGAUAAUCACCUCGGAAACUUUUAGGUGUGUGUGCGCAUUUUCUGCAAAUUCAGGUAAAGAUCAUUUGUUUUAUAAUCUGAAUUAGUGAGACCAUUGCCUCAGUUUCCUGCUUCACUUUUAUUCAUCUCAGGCCUUGGAGGGGUAGGUCUGUAGAUGACAGUCACUUGUAUGAUAACUUUCCUAAUGGUUCUGUUUGGACUUAGAUCUUCUAGAUGUCAUUUUGGCUGUGGCCCCUAUUGUGAGAAUGCACAAAGAAUGGAGGUCUGACAGUUUAGGCCUUUAUAAUUCUCCCCUUCAUGUCCAUCCUUGUGGACCACGUGUUUGCAUGCUUUUUCUGUCAGGCAAUUGGAGGAUAAGACUGUUAGAUCAAUGGUUCCCAAGUGUCACUGCUCAUCCGAAGCGCCUGUAUCUCUCUUU